UGCAUUAUUAAUCGUCGAAGAAGAAAAUUAAUGUUGUUAAGUAGUUGUGAAAAGGCUACUACCAUAUGAAUGUGAACGCCAAUUGUGUGAAUUAGCAAAUUUUCUGUGACAAAUUAAAUGUGUGAAACACGAGUAGAAUACUAAACCGUUCAAGCUUACGGUAAAAAGAGUAUGUACAGCACUUGCACUAAAAAUUUUUGUAAAAAAGUUGUGUAAAAUAUUUAUCAAUCAACGAAAAAGAAAACAAGAGAGAAUUGAAAAUUUAUUAAAUGAAAAUUUGAGAGCCCUUCAAAGUGAAAAGCAGGGUGCGCGACGAAGAAAGUGAGAAGCAUAAAGUGAAUUGUGUUUGUUAAACCGUUUUUUGUUGUACUAUUGACUAGGGCGCGUAGCUUUUUCGCGUUCAAAGACGCAAUAAGUUUAAUUACCAUUUUUCCGAGUUAAAAGUGCCAUAUUGCCAGAUUCGUUACGUUUGUUUUGGCACGCGUACGCCGAAAUCUUUAUUGUGGGAGCGUGAGUCCUGGCCGAGGCGUUAUGUGUUUGUGAGAAAAAUCGAUUAACUCUUCACUUCAACACCAUUCGUACACAGUAGCGAAACAGUCGUGAAUUGUGCGACGUAAAACACGCUGAGAUAACGCCAAUGUGUUGUCCUGCCGACUGGACGUACAUGACAAAAGCAGCAGCAGCAAACAUAUCGAUGUCAUGGACAGAGAUCCAGGAAAGAAUAAGGACCCACCCAAUGCACCUACAGCCGGUGAUGUGGGUCGAGACCGUGAUACCAACUAUGAGCAUGAGUAUGCAGAAGUAGGCCCACCGCCUAUACCAGCUACGCGCACACGGCGAUUUCAUCGCACAGCUGAUGUGUUGCCGUCAAGUGGCGCUGCAACACCAUUAGAACCAGCUGUGACCGACAUUGGCACCGUUAUUGCGGAUAACACACACGAACAGUUGGAGACGUCAACAAUUACGCGCACAUAUACUACGCGUAAGAUUAUACAUUGCUCGUCGGAAUUCCAUGAGAGCAGUUCUAGUUCUAGUUCGGUGCAGUAUGUGGCCGAAGAAGAGCUUGAUACGCCUACAACACCGCAACGGUUGCGCCAGAAAGUGGCGGAGUAUGAAAAGGUUUGGUCCUCUGGCGGUAGUCUUAAGCGUUCGCCGGACGAGAGUGCCGAAGAGUUGCGACGCGAAUUCAUGGAAGCUACGUCGGCGGAACACUCAUCGCAAGCCAUUACCGUUGUGGGUGAGACAUUAGAAAAUCCCUUUGAUAUUGAUGUGUUAGAAAUUGAGAAGCGGCUGCGUAGGGAACGACAGCGUGGUUUGGCUGAAGCUGAAGCGGCUAAGCAAGCAUUUCAACAGGUGCAGUUGCGCCAUACGCCGCAACCUUCACCGCGUCGGGUAGAGGUGCAAGAAGACUCCACACCGUUGCCAUUUAAUGUGACACUGCGUACAACCACUAAAUUAAGCCCCGGUAAUGAAUCAGGACAUAUUGAAGUAGGAGACGAACAAUCAGGAAGUCCUUUUAAUGUAACGCUGCGCACGACACGUCGGAUUGUAAAGAAGGAUUUAUCGACGAGCUCACAGCAAUAUGAAGAAACUACAACGACCACCGGUAACCCUUUCAAUGUCACGCUACGCACAACUACACGACAAGGCUAUCCGAUAAGCCCCGUAAGUCCUGGCGAUCCGAAAAGUGCAUCUGCGAGUUUUUUGGAAUCUGAGCAGACAAUACGUGAAGUUCAUGCCGUUGAUGGUGUACGCACGAUCAUCACCUCGUCCAUGACAAGUGAUGGAAGCAAGCACGAAGAGAAAAUUUUCCGUCAUGGCGAAGGUUAUGUGUCGCCUCGUUGUUCACCGCAACGGGAGAAUCGCGCUUUCUUCGAAUCCAUGGAGAGAGAACGUGAAAGUUCCGUGCCGCGUUCUUUGAGCGGUCGCACCAGCGCAACACCACCACCACGAACUGUUGAUAUGACUGCUGGUGGUCGCCGUAUAUUAAUACGUUUGGAGGAUGAAAGUCUCGACACGAGUGCAUAUCAUGAAAACAGCGACAUUACUGACUCAGUGCAGGCGCGCAUUCGUCAGUUAGCGCGCAGUCCAGACGGUGGCGGUGGUGCCGCUGCUAUGUACAACGUUGCGAUGGAAACGUCACCGGGUAACAUUGACAUUACCGUGGGUAGUACGCAUCACCACCACCACCAUCAUCUGCACCAUCAACAACCAACGCAACCGCAACAGUCGGGCCAAUGGUAUUACCAACAGCAACGGCAAGAACAACAAAUGGAAACCAACAACACUAUGGAAAAUAUGAUUUUGGAAACUCAGGAACAAACUCCAUGGCAAAGGCAAUCAGGUGAAGCAGUAACAAUCAGUACAGAAAAAGGCGAAGCCGCGGCAGGACUUACAGUAACGGGCACGCAUACGGCUAGCAUAUUGGAGACGGGCCAAUCGCACGAUUCUUCCGCAGAAGAAUCGCAACGAGUUGUCAGCAGAAAGAAGAAAACGACAACGACUACAACGACGUCAGUAACUAGUAGUAGGCACGCGACGAGCGAAGAACGUGAAUUACGCGAAGAACAUCAGCGCCAAGCUUUUGCCGGAAAAUUAACGCGUCCAACUGGUUUAGCUCUAUCCGGUGCUAAUGUACGUUUGGGUAGUGGCACGGUUGGACAAGAAAAGGCCGAAAACCCUCUGAAAAGUGAUUUAAGUGACGAUUCGGAUACGGAAGGUGUCGCUGCAAAGCAUCUGGUAAUUGUGCCCACACGUGUGGAGCCCAACCAGGCAGUCGGCAGAGUUAGCCGCAGUCAAAGUCCGAGUGUUAGUGUGAGUGCAAGUGCAAUACAUACGUCGACAACCCCUUCAACGACAACUGCAUGCAGUACUUUCGGUAAGAGUCUGACAGGUCAUCAGACACUUCAACAACAAAGUACUCAAGACGAAUACCAAGAAUUCCAAUCCACAAUGGCAGCGAUUAAUUUCGCACGCAGCAACUCCCAAUAUGACAGUCACAUCAGGGAGAAGAGAGAGGAGCAAGAACGUGUGCAGAAGAAGACAUUUACUAAUUGGAUUAAUUCGUACCUCUCGAAGCGUGUUCCACCGCUUCGUGUUGACGAUUUAAUCAACGAUUUACGCGACGGUACUAAACUUAUUGCACUUUUGGAAGUGCUUUCCGGCGAACGUUUGCCCGUGGAAAAGGGCCGCGUUCUACGACGUCCGCAUUUCCUCAGCAAUGCCAAUACAGCCUUACAAUUCUUAGCUAGUAAACGUAUCAAAUUGGUGAAUAUCAACCCGGCAGAUUUGGUGGAUGGGAGACCACCAGUUGUGUUGGGUCUGAUAUGGACCAUCAUAUUGUACUUCCAGAUUGAGGAGAACAGCCGCAACCUUGAAUAUUUGGGUCAUGGUAUCAGYGGUUCGGUUAGUUCUCUGGACAGCGUUGGCAAGAAUGCUAGCGAUCAAAAGGCUGAGAAAUGGAAGCAAGGUGCUAGGAAGACUCUAUUAAAUUGGGUUACCAAUGCCUUGCCAAAAGACAGCGGUAUUGAGGUAAAGGAUUUCGGUGCCAGUUGGAGAGAUGGUGUCGCCUUCCUAGCCCUGAUUGAUGCCAUUAAGGCGAAUCUUGUAAAUUUGGCUGAUUUGAAGAAGGCCAACAAUCGUCAACGUCUGGAAACUGCUUUCGAUGUGGCCGAAAGCAAACUCGGCAUUGCCAAAUUGUUGGACGCUGAGGAUGUGGAUGUACCCAAGCCGGAUGAAAAGAGUAUAAUGACAUAUGUGGCGCAAUUUUUGCACAAGUACCCUGAACCAAAAGGUGCCUCACGUGAUACAUCACAUAUACAGCAGGAGUUGGACGAACUACGUCGCUUCCUGGUGGAAAAGACUACCGAAUACGAGCCCAUGGUCAUGUCGAAUUCAUUCCCGCGUGAUUUCGCUGAAUAUCUGAUUGCACGUUCAGAGAUCGACGCCCACUUGCCGGUCUACAAUCGUCUGAAGCAGUUGAUGGAUAGCCAAAGUGGUUUCCUACAAGUUCCGCGUCCCGUUUGGGAAGACAUAAAUGCGCUGUGGCAACGUUUACAAUAUCAAAUGAAUUAUUGGCUGUGGUUAUUGGAUUCGGAAUUGCCCGGCGAAUUUGGUGUGGUCGGCAAGUGGUUAUCUGAAGCCGAAAAAUUACUAAUGGAUAACGAGAUACCGAACGCCAUGAAUGAGGAGACAGCAUCGGUGAUUAGUAGAAAGCUGGAGGAGCAUAAAUUAUUCUUCGCCGAUUUGCCACGUAUUCUGGCGAUGUUCGAUAAUGCCAAACGUUCACCGUUGGUGCAGCAAGUGCCCAUUGAACAGUUGCGCAAUAUGGAACGUCGUCUGCAAGACGUGGCACCGAGAGCGGCUGAGCGUAGAAUACGCCUGAAAUUCCUCGAACACAAGUGCUGUCUAAUUGCUUUCCUCAAUUUGGUUGAGAACAAGAUGAAGGGUUGGACCGGCAAAUAUGGUUACGAGGAGAAGGUCAGUCAACAACUAGAACAAUAUAAGAAUUUCGUGUCGCGCAACAAAAUCUUUCAAGAGUUCCAGAAGGCAUUCGUCGAUAUGCAACAAGUGGUGGACGAAUACAAGCGCGAUGGCAAUGUGCCGCGCAAUGAUAUAACAGAAAUCGAUCGUUUCAUGUAUGAGACUGAAGAGCGUUGGAAACGUGUCUCCAUGGAACUGAAAUGUUGUCAAAAUUCGCUGGAAGAGGUUGUAAGCUGUUGGAAAACAUGGAAUCAGCUAGCCCCGACUUGUGAAGAGUGGCUGAACUUGGCCGAAACUAAAUUGUCACGUUCCGAAGAUGAACGUUUAGAAUUUUUCCAGGAUAUUACCACUUGGAAGGACAAAUUCGAUGCACUUGCCAAUGCAGCCAACUAUUUGGUUGCCUCCUGCGAAGAUGGCAUUGCCAAUAAUYUACGCCAGAAACAUGGCAAUUUGUCGGAACGCUUUGAGCGUCUCUUCGCCAACACCAAACAAUACAUGCACGCUGGUGAUAUUAUACGUGCACGCAAUGAAUACAAGUCCGGCAUUGAGAAGCUYUCGCAGUGGCUGCGUCAUGCUGAACAAGUGUUGGGACAGCGUCAAAUGCUCGGCAACACGCAGCAAAUUACCAAAUAUGGUGAGGACUUGCAAAAGUUAGCCAGCGAGAUUGAUGAUAAUGAGGAGCUCUUCAAGACAGUCAGCCGCAACUUCCAGGGUCUCAUACAAGAUCUACCACGCGAGGAAGUUGAUAAAAUGAUGAAGUUACUGAAACAGGAGAAGGAGUCUUUAGUGCGUAUACGCGCACAAAUACCCGCCAAACUGCACCUCUUCCAUCAGCUGCUCAUACAACAGGAGUCACUCGAAGCGGGCCAGAAAGAAAUACAUCAAUGGCUCAAUGACGCUGAGACCUUGUUGAGCACACAUGCGUUGUCUGGUGGACGCGAUGCUAUCAGCGAGGAACUAAAUAAGCAUAAGACUUUCUUCUCGCGCACUGUCUACUAUCGUUCCAUGCUGGAGAGCAAGAAUAAGGUUUUCCAGAACCUGCUUAAAUCUGUCGCCGCUGAUGAAAAUAUUGACACCUCACAGACAGCACAUAACAUGCAGCAAUUGAACGAGCGCUUUAAUUACGUCAUACGGAAUGCYGAGCAGUGGGAGCAGCGCUUGAAUGACGCCUCACGCGGCUGGCAUGCUUUCAAGGAGAACGAACGUGUCGUCAGUGAGUGGCUGACGCAGGCAGAAUCUAUGCUUAUUGAGAAACACAUUGAGUCGAAGACAAUAAUCGAGACUCAGAAGUAUUUCUUCGAAAAUGUUAAUGAGCGUUGGAUGCACAAUCUGGUAGAGUCUGCACAAGAUUUGCUUAAAACAUUGCCAGCACAAGAACAAAAGCCUGUGGUGGACUCAGUUGAGAAAUUACAAAACAAGUGGCAACAGGUGCUGUCGCAAGCACCRUUGCAUUUGCUGAAACUCGAGUUCCGUCUGGAUGAGUCGGCUUUCUACCAGACAUUGCAGGAAGUCGAAAAAGAAUUGCACCUGGAACAACAAGCUUUGAAUCGCAACGAAGAUAUUGACUCAAUACUGAAUCGUAAUGAGCACUUCUUCCAACAACAAGGACCCAUACCGCGCAUUGAGAAGAGCUUGCARAACAUGCAACGCAUCAGUCAAGCAUAUGGCUACCAAAAACCGACCGAUAUUAGUCUAAAUCAGGCCUACGACAAUGCCAGGUUACAGUGGCAGCAAUUGUCUGGUAAAAUCGGUGAUAUGCGUGAGACAUUGCAGCAAAUACCGGCUCAGUGGGACAGCUACCAUGAGAAGUUCAAAGAAAUGGUUGAAUGGAUGAAUAUUGUCGAUAAGAGCUUGAAGAACAUUGUCAACGAAGUGAACAGCAUGGAAGAGUUCGAGAAGGAGAAGGUGGUCUUCCAGAAAAUCUGUCAAGAAGCAGAUAACAAAAGGGAGGACAUGAAAUGGCUGGUGAAAACGCUAGACUCCUUACUUAGCUACGCCAGCGAAGAUGAGGCCAAUUUCGAACAGAAGAAACUCGAAGAUCUAAUUGCUCGCUACAAGAACCUCAUACCGACCAUCGAAAUAACAAUGGUAAAGACCGAGGUGUUCUCCAAGUGCUUCACGUAUCGUCGGGAGGUACACGAGGUUAUCUGUCUGCUUAGCAAAGUGAAGGAGCAAGCCACCAAUAUACCACCACCAGAGAGUCUUGAACGUGUCAACAAGCUGAUUGAAGAGCAACAGUAUGCCAUUAGCCAGCUUGAUCAUCAACGUCCACACAUCAUGUCAAUGCUACAGCGUGGACGUGAUUUAAGUAAAGACGUGCAUGCACCAUCUUUCGUUAAUGUAGAAGUGAAGAACUUGGAGACCGGCUGGAAUGAGGCGUACACCGAAACCGCUGACAAGCUACAAUCACUCAAGGGUACACAAGCUGUGUGGAAUGACUUUGUCGAUCAGAAGAAYGACAUCUUUUCRAUGCUGCAGACAGCUGAGACAGAGUUGCGUGCGUUGACGCCAUUGCAGACCGAUCCAAAGAAUGUUAGCCAAGAUUUGCAUGCCAAGCGUGAGCUGAACUUACAAUUGCAGCAAGCCUCCCAUCAACUACUGCCCAAAUUGCACUCCUUGAAAGCCGAAUUGGCGCCUUUGGCUGCAGCUGAUAAGCGUCCAAUAUUGGAGAAGGAGGUAACCGAGGUUGAGAAGAUGUUCUUCAAUACCAUGGAACAUGUGAAAGAUCGCGUUGGUUAUCUGGAAGACUAUAGUGCCAAGUGGAAUAAUUACAAGUCCCGUUUGUCUGAGUUGCAAGAAUGGGCAAACCGUGUAGCACCGAAGAGCAUUGAGGCAUUAMAGUCGGAAGAUCUCACACCAGAAGAGCGCGUAGUGAAGGUGAAYGCAUUUAAGGGYGUACUUGGCGAACGUAUGAAGCAAUUGGAUAUUUUGGCUUCGGAUGCUGCCGAACUGGCGCCCAAAGAGGGUAACAUUGCUGAGGCUAAACGUCUUAAGGGUGAAAUUACCAAAUUACAAGAAGUGCUGAGCGCUAUCAACCGUAAUGUCGAUCAUCAAGCAAAGGCUGUGAAAGAGGACCUGGUGAAUUGGCAACAGUAUCAAACUGGUUUGCAGCAAAUCAAGCCAGUUAUUGAGGAAAGUGAAAUCAAGGUAAAUACAAUAGUUCCUAAGCCCAUUACACUUGAAGAAGCCGUUGCAUUGCAACAAAAUGCCAAACAAUUCGAAACACAAUGCCUUGAGCAGUUAGACAGGCUCCAAGGCAUUUCAAACAUUAGUCAUAAAAUGCUGUGCAAAACCAAUGCCCCUGACGAGUUAGAUGCCAUGCAUUCUCGCUGGACAUCAGUUCAUGAAAAUGCCAAGCAAGCCAGUGGUAAGCUGGAAAAAUUGGUCGCGAAUUGGAAAUCAUUCGAUGCCGAUGCAGCCAAACUCGAAGAUUGGGUCAACAAAGGCGAACAAGUGAUGGGCAAACGCCCAGCUGUGCUCAAUACGCCGCACGUCGAUAAGCUUGAAAAGGAACUUGUUAAACUCAAGUCGUUCAACAAUGAAAUUUCUGAACAACAAGCGAAACUCGUUGCGCUCGGUCAGUCAGCMGAUCAGAUAAGCUUGCAUUUGGCGCCAGAAGGCGCAGUUGCGCUUAAAGAUCGCGUAAAUGGCAUGAAAGCUAAACUGCAAAAGCUCUCCGAGGCCACACGGGCCAAUAUCAACGAAGUUUCGGACGCAAUUAUUGCACGUCAAGACUUCAACGCCAAAAUGGUAAACUUCUCCAACUGGAUGGAUCAGCUGCGUAGUCAAGUCGCACAAGUUGAGGAGAUUAAUCCAGAGCGCGUUGAGACCAGUCUGCAUGUAAUACAUGCACUGAUGCAAGAGCACGCCGACAAGAAACCUAGUUUCAAUGCCAUUUAUGAUGAAGUGAAACAGCUGUCACUCUCAGCACCGGCUGAAGAAGCCAAAUCUCUGAAUGAUUCCUACACCGGUUUAGUUGUUAACUAUCAGAAUCUCGAAACCAACUUGCAGCAGAAAAAGAUUGCGCUCGAAAAGUGGACAGAGAUUCUGGGCUGGAAGAAUGAAACCGAAAGUCAUUUGAAUUAUUUGAAACAUCAGCUAGAGAAACCUGAUGGUCCCCAGGCCGAGGAGCUUAAUAAGAUUAUCAAUGAAAUCGACACAAUUGGUAGCUCAAUAAGUUAUUGGAAAGCACAAGCCAAGGAUAUCGAUGAAAGUCCCGCUAUUCAGUUGCGCGACGCUUUGACACGUAAACCAUUGAUUGCCUCACAGAUUGUUAAUGAUAUCGAAAACAAAUUAGAUAACCUUAAGCUGCGUUCUCAAGCACAAAAGCAACAGGCUGAACAGAUGAAUGUACGCAAAGAGAAAUUCCAAACUCUCGGRCAAAAUUUCGGACAAGCGUUGUUGGACAAUCGUGCUAAAUUAAACAGCAUUCUUCAACGGAAGCCCGGUUUGGAUAACAUUGACCAAAUAAUCGCCGAUUUAGUUGCUCUUAACGAAGUCAUUAAAGGACAAGCAGACAUGAAGAAUCGUCUACAUGAUGAAGGUUCCAUACUGAUGCGUGAAGAUAUCGCCAGUAUGCCAGUCAUUCAAGAAAGUCUUCUGUUCUUCGACAAAGAUUAUGACACGCUACAGAAUGAAAUUGCCGAACGCAUACAAAAGUAUAACUUGAUUAGUCAAGCGCUACGCGAAUACGCCGAUACCAAGGAUAAGUUCGCAAAAGAGCUGAAGAAGGCCGAAGAUCUCUUCAACGCUAUACCACAGCAACCACGCGAUGAAGUGGAAUUGCAACAUGCCGCCGAAAAAACACGCAAGACUAUGGAACAAAUACGUAAAUCCAAGACGAAUCUCGAUGAUUUAGAGCGUCGCGGCAAUAAUGUGGCGAAGCUAUUCGAUGCAAUUGGUGAGGUUGUACCACAAGAAAUAGGCAAUGAUGUGAAGAUAGCCAAACAGCAAUGGCAAGAUCUACACGAUAAGACUGCAAAGAAUGCACAUAUUUACGAAACGGAAGCUGUUAUUUGGUCUCAGAUUGAAGAUGCUAAGAAAGAACUUUUACCAUGGUUGAGUGAAACCAAUCAAGGUUUAUGCGAUGCUGCUGACAACUCAAUCGAAAUCGAGUUCGGACCAAUGCGUCUAACUAAAUUCCACGCGGAACUGCCUUCUUAUCAAGUAUUAAAAGACACCAUUGCGGAGAAGAGUCGUGAGCUUGUGAACAUUAAYAAUGGUGUGGAGAUUCCAUCCCUUACCGAAUUGAAUAAGCUACUGACUGCACAGUUCCAAGAGGUCGAUUCGAAUGCGGCACGUUUGGAAGCUGUAACCUCUACCUUUAACGAGCAAGAACAAGAUUUGCGCAAGCGUAUCAAGAAUGCCGGCGAACAAGUGAACAAAUUGCGUGAACAGUUAAUCAAAUGCGAUGACAUGUCCGGUGAGCCGAACAAAAUUAUGGAACGAUUACUUAAGUGCCGGGAAUUGCGCGCCGAGUUAGACAAUAGUGCGAAUGAAAUUGACAACAUCAAGCAACGAGUUGAUGAGAUGCGUUCGCAAUAUCCCACUUUCAGCGAGUCUAUCAUACCCAAAGAGCUGAACAAUGUACAAAAGCGCUUCGAGGCUGUCGAUACACAUGCCAAGAAGAUCGAGUCAUCACUUUUGCAAUUCCUUAAGAAAUUCCAUGCCGACAAAGUGAGCAUGCUUAAACGUAUAAUUGCUACCCAACGCGAGAAGGUCGCAUGGUGCCAGCCAGAAUCGACAAGCGACAAAUACAAUUUGGAUGUGAAGCGCUCUUCACUCCUAGAGGUGAGCAAAGCGAUUGAUGAUUGCCACAAGCGCAAUGCCGAUAUUGGAAAAUCUCUGGAGCUACUAACAGCUGUGGAAUCGCCACAAAACCUGAAAGACCUACAAAAGGACGCGCAAUUAUUGAACGGUGAAAUGAAAGCACUGCAAGACAGUUUCGAUAAAAUCAAAAAUGUGCUCGAUGAAAACGUAGAUUUAUGGUCGCAAUAUGAGCAAUCCAAUGAAGAGCUCUCCGCCUGGUUGCGUGACGUUGAGGGACGUAUCAAGGCCGAGACUAGCAAUCAAGUCAAUGUGCCUGAAAUCGAGAAGAAGUUGCAAGAACUUGCUUUGUUACAACAGGAUAUUGCGGCACAUGAGCCGCUUGUGAAGAAUUUGGAGAAGACUUCGCAGUUGCUGAUGGAGAAGAAUCCUGAAGCGCGCAUUAGUCAGUUUGUCACGCAUUUGUUGCAGCGCUACCAGACUGUGGCGAAGAGCUUGGCCGGCUACGUCGACAAAGUGCAUAAUGCACAACAUGCAAACAACAAUUUCGUAACUGCCACUAAAGAGUUCAAUGACUGGUUAUCUGAUGCCAAGAUUGAAUUCCAGGAAUUGGCUCGUAUGGGUUCGCCCGGCUCGUCUUCAGCCACCGCACAGCAAUUACGUACAAUUAAAAAUUAUUUGCAGACCUUCGAUAAUGGACAAAUUCUAUUGAAUAAUGCUGUGGAUAUUGGCGAAGCAUUGUAUCCCAUAGUAACACCGGAGUAUCGCGAAAAGAUACGUGCGGAAUUACGUAAUGAACGCGAGAACUAUGACUAUUUGCGUGACGAGGCUAAUGCGCUUUUGCAACAGGUGGAGGCAGUAUUGAUACAGAAGACAUCCAUUGAAGAGAGUUACACACAAGUAUCACACUACCUUAAUGAAUCGAAAGCCAAGGUGGCUGCCGCUGAUGAGCUGUAUCCCACAUUGGCGGCUAAGAAGAGUGCUCUGCAGAAUUACAAGACACAAUUGCAAGAGAUUACUUUGCAUAAGAAUGCACUCAAACAGUUACAUGACAAGGCUGUGACACUAUGCGAUGAUGAAUCCGAACGCAAGACCGAAGAGUCUAUUGAAGAGUAUAAUGGUUUGUCGAAGAAGAUCGCCGACCGGAUCAAUGUGGUUGGUAACCAAGUUGUUAAACAUGAGGCAUACGAUCAAGUAUUGGAGAAAGCACAAGAUUGGCUUAAUACCAUCAAAUCUGAAGCCAUUGACAUUUUGAAUGAAACAACUUUCGAAAAGGAAGGCGCAGAAGAGAAGUUGACUGUUGUUGAAAAUCUAUUGCAACAUAAGCCCGAAGGUGACUCCAUAUUCGAUACAUGCCAACAGCUAUUACAAACAGUGCUAACACAAACACAUCCCAGUGGUCAUCCUGCUUUGCUGCGCAGCUUUGAAGAGCCCAAGAAAGCGUGGGUAGACUUCAUGACUCUCUGUCAAGAUUCACUCGUCAAGUUGAAGCAGCUGUGUUCUAAAUGGGAUGAGUUUGAGUCUAUUAUCGAUGAGAUCGAUAACUGGAUGAAGGAUGUUGAGAAUGUUGUGAAGAACCAGAGUCUGAAAAAUACGGCCAGCACGAAAAAAGCACAUUUGGCACAAUUACAAAACAUMGCCAAAGACAUCGAACAACGUGCAACGUCUAUUAAUGAUCUGCUCGAUCAGGGUCGUGAAAUUGAAGGUGAGACCGAUUUGAAUCUUAAAUUAUCGCGCUUGAAUACACGCUAUCAAACCUUGAAGAAUCUCUGCAAGGAAUCUAUUUCGAAGUAUGUCAACUACGCAAAAGAUCACGAAACAUUUGAUAGUGAUUAUGAGGUUUUCAAAAAGGAUCUACAACAGUGUGUUGAAGAAUUGGURCAAAAUAGUGAGAUUGUUGGUGACCAAAAUGUGUUGCAAGAUCGUCAAAACAAAUUGCGUGAGAUGGCGGACAAGCGUAUAAACGACUCUACCGCAUUUGAGAGCUUGGUGGAUCGUGGCGAAAAACUCUAUGGACAUACAAGCCCCGAUGGUCGAGAGAUCAUACGCCAGCAAUUACGUACGCUGCGUACCAUGUGGGACAACUACUCUGAUGAUUUGAAUGCGGCCACACAAAAGAUCGAUCAAUGUCUGCAACAGUUCAACGACUUCAAUAUUGCCAGAGACCAAUUAGCCAAGUGGCUUAAGGAUGUGGAUAAGGCAAUGCAAAGCCACACCGAGSCAAAGACCACACUACAAGAAAAGCGCGCGCAACUCCAGAACCACAAGUUACUCCACCAGGAAAUCACCACACACAAUGUGCUGGUGGAUAGUGUGUGUGACAAAGCGCAGGUCUUGAUUGAUCAAAUCAAUGACAAUACACUAAAUGUAUAUCUACAAUCCCUUAAACAAAUUUUUAAUGGUAUUGUGGAAAAAUCAGAAGUAAUUCUAAACAAUUUGGAGAAAUGCGUGCAAGAGCACACCGAGUUAAACAACCAAGUGACAGCCGCUAAGGCUUGGAUAUCUGGCGAGAAGGAGAAGCUGUUGGAAUGUGACGAUGCAUAUGGCGAAAAGGCUGACAUUAAACGUAAGAUUGAGACCUUGGUGCAGUUGGCACAGAACAAGCCACAAGCACAAAAGAUAGUUGAUGAUAUACGUCAGCAGUUCGAUAAGGUUAAGGCUAACACUUCAGAAAAGGGUAAUGAGAUCUUAGCGAAAGAAAUCGAUGAACUCGAAACAACCAUAAAGAGUCAUUUCGAUGAUAUCGAAGGCAUCGAAGGUAAGCAGCGAGAUGUGCUGCAACAAUGGAAUGAUUUCGAGAGUAAACUUGAAGAAUUGACAAAGUGGUGUCGCCAAGCCGAAGGCGUCUUCCGUGAACAACARUUGAAAUCAACGCUGCAUGAGAAGGUCGAACAAUUCGAGAAGUAUAAAAUACAAAGGGACCUCAUUUUGCAAAAGGAGAAGGAAAUUGAUGCUUUUGCUGAUGCAGCACAUGCGUUGUUGAAUAAUUGCGGCGCCGAACGAUUAAAGACACUAACUAUACAGAUCACAAAUCGUUAUCAACUGUUGCAAGUGUUGAGCAAGGAGGUGGUCAAUCGUUGGUCAAAUUUGGUGGAUGACCAUCAAAUAUAUCAAGACAAAUACAAUGAAGUUGAUCUAUGGCUCCAACCAAUCGAACAUCAGCUGGAGAAUGCAUUGAAAAACGAGCCUUCACAAGCUGCUAACAUUUUGCAAGUUCUACUCUCUGAAAAAGAACAAGCUGAAACCUUAUUUAGCGCCUUAAAUGCAGCCGGGGAAAAGGCAUUGCCCGAAACGUCGACUGAGGGUCGUGAGAAGAUACGUAAAGAUCUGCGUGACAUACACGAGCGUUGGGAUAAAUUGGACGAAGGCAUACGCAAUCUGCAGAAACGUCAGGAAGCACAAAGUGUGCAGCUGUCAAGCUAUCAUGAUAUACUUGGUCAGAUCGUCAACUGGUUGGAUCAAAUUGAAAAGGUACUGCAGAACGAGAAUCCCAGUACUUGGACAAGCGCUCAGGAAAUACGCUCCAAAUUGUACAAAUACAAAGCUACCACUCAGGAUAUUAACUCGCAUAAACGUAUCAUUGAAGCUGUGAAUGAAAAGGCUGCCGUGCUGUUAGAGGGUACAGUGCCAGCAAAUGCCGCCGAGAUCAAGAAUGCCGUCGAUGAUAUUAACAAGCGAUAUGAGAAAGUAGCGGGCGAUUGCGCCAAACUGCUUGGUGAGCUCGAGGAAGUUUUCGAUGUUUAUCAACAGUUCAGUGAAUUGCAGAAGGCACAACAGGAUUAUCAAAAGAAUCUGUGGGAUCGCUUGACCGGCUAUUCGGAUUAUUCUGGCAACAAGCCGGCUUUACAAGCGCGUUUAAGUAAGAUUUGUGAAAUUCAAGAUGCUUUACCCGAAGGUGUAGUUAAACUACAAAAUCUGUCCGCACAUAUUAAUGAGAAAGCCAAAUUGUUGCCGGCGCGUUCCAAAGAGGCGAUGUCAAGAGACCUGGCCAAUUUGCAUGCUGAUUUCGAUAAGUUCAGCGCUGCACUGAGCGAUGUGAAGAGCGGUCUUGAAAAUCGUCUGCAACAAUGGAGCGAUUAUGAAGUGAACUUAGAUCGUUUGAUCAAUUGGUUGAGUGAAGCUGAGAAUGCGCUCAAGAAUUAUAAUCCCAAGUCCACAAUGGAAGAGAAAGAAGAACAACUGAACCGCUUCCAAUCACUAAUGCAAAACUUGCGUCAAAAUGAAAUUGAAUUUGAGAAAAUGAAGGAUGAUUCUUCGGAGCUCAUUCAAAGUUCAGGCGAAACUAGAAUUGCCGUCAAUGUGCAACAAGUUACCUCACGCUUCCAGUCCAUACAAGCGACAACAAAGGAGAUUUUAAAGAAAUGUGAACAAUCUGUGUUUGAUCAUCAACAAUUCAAUGAGAAAUACAAGCAGUGUUCAGAUUUCUUAGCUAACGCUCAAGCGAAAUACGACGACUCCAGUGAUCUAUCGCAGGUGGGCUCUCGUGACGAUCUCUUGAAGAAACAGACUGCAAUUCAAGAACUGUUGGCGCAACAACCGAAUGCUUCGUUGAUGUUGAACAGCACCAUUGAAGCGGGUGAGAAGUGCUAUCCAUCCACGGCCACAGAAGGUCGUGAGGCCAUACGCGUGCAAUUGGCUGAGCUGCAAGAUGCUUUCGAUAAGCUCUAUGACAAUGUAACAAUUACUUCGCGUAAGAUACAGGACAAGAUGUCUAAAUGGUCUGGUUUUGAUGAAAUCGCCGAGAAAUUGCAAAACUGGCUAAAUGAAAUCGAGAAAACACUACCAGCCGAUAUCGAAUUGAAAACCACUUUGGAUGAGAAACGCGCCAAAUUGCAAACAUACCGUGACAUCCUCAAUGAUCUCAAUAAUCACCAAGUUGAAGUGAAAAAUUUGCAAGAAAUCGCAAGCAACUUGCCAGAACAAAAUGACCAUGUUGAUAAUAUUACCAAAGAAAUUGCCGAACAAUUCGCUAAAAUACAUAAGCGUGCUCAGAACUUUGUGGAACGCUAUGAAGCCAUUGUGAGUGAUCAUCAACAAUACACUAAGGCCGUUAUGGAAGCACAGGAGUACAUUGAGGCCACACAUAACACGAUUGACUAUUGGGGUGAUUUGGAUUUGGAACAAGUUUCCCUACAUACAAACUUGGAUCGUCUGAAAAACCUCAAAGAUAGCUUGGCGGAUGAGUUUCCACGUGUCGAUCAAGUGCGUGCUCUUGGUGAGAAGGUUAUACCUGGCACUGUCGAGAGUGGACAGACAAACAUAAAGUCGCAAAUCGAUACCACACAACAGGAGUGGGAAGGUCUAAUCGCAGCUAUUACAUCAACCAUUGAAGCUAUUGAAAAUCGCUUACAACAGUGGGCGGAAUAUGAACAAUUACGUGAUCAGUGCUUGGCUUGGAUUAGAGAAUCGGACAACAAGUUACAUGCUAUUGAUCUCAAGCCAACGCUCGAUGAAAAGAAGACUCAGUUGGAAGCAUUAAAGAACUUGCAAGGUGAAAUGCGUGCUAAGGAGCUGGAAAUCGAUAGCGUUUCCGAGAAGGGUCAGCUAUUACUAAAAGGUGCCUCCAGCAUGCGCUCAUCUGGACCUGAAUUAACAACCAAGUAUCAGCAGAUAUUCCUCAAAGUUAAAGAAUUGAAUAACCGUUGGCAACAGUAUGUGACCUCACAUCAGGAAUUCGACAACGCCGUCUCUGAAUGCGCCACAUGGAUUAAUGGUAUCAAAGACAAAUUGGAUUACUGCGCUGAUAUGUCAUCUAUGAGUCAAAAAGAGUUGGAUAAGAAGUUGGCAACCAUACAGGAUAUUUUAUUAUUGAAGGAUGAAGGUUCUGUGAAGGUACUUAGUAUUGUUGAGUUGGCACAAAAUGUGCUUGCCAAUACUGCACCGACUGGUCACGAAGCGAUCAACAAGAAGCUGACAGAUCUACAAGAAUUGUGGUCCAAUAUUACAUUACGUAUCAUCGAUGUAAAAGCGACCUUGGAUGACUCCAUAACUCAAUGGUCAGGAUUCUUGGAACAGGUACAAAAUGUACGCAAAUUCAAUGAAUGGCUUGAAAAUGUAUUAAAAGAGCUCUCCGAAAAUCAAACUACAAUGCCUGAGAAGCGUGCGCAACUUGACCGCAUCAAAGCCAACGAAGAGAAGGUGCGCGUAGAGAAAAUCGACGUUGAUGCACUGAAAGUACAGGCCAAGGAGAUGAUUGCUAGCGGACAACAAAGCCAAGCCGCGUUCCAAGCGCAAAAGGUAUUGGACAACUUUGACGAAUUAUAUGCUCGCAUACAGAAAUUGCUCUCCGAUCGUCAUGAUCAAUAUAGAGAUCAUCGUCUUUACAAGGAAGCUUAUGACGAUUUGGUUAGCUGGAUUAGUCGUGCACGUGAGAAGUUCCCUGCUCUGAAGCAGAGCAGUCUCAGUGACAAAUUGGCCAUUGAGAAUGCCGUACAAGCCACUGAAGCUAUGUUAAACAAGCAGGCACAAGGUGAACUAUUGGUCGAACAUUUGGUUCAUACUGGCGAGGUCGUAUUGACUAGCACAUCGCCACAGGGUCAAGAAAUCAUUCGCAAUGACAUACGCGCUUUGCGCGACAGUUUCGAGUCACUCUUCCGUGAGAUCAAUCAACAAAAGGAGAGUUUGGAGGUCACUAUGGUGCAAUGGCGCGCCUACAAGGAUGAGUAUGAGCGCUUAAUUGAAUGGCUCCAACAAAUCGAUAUUCUCGUAAAGAAUCACAAGUUGAAUUUAGCACCAAGUUUGCCAGAGAAAGAGAAACAAGCUGCUGAUAUGGCUGAAGUUUUGGCUCGUUUGGAGAAGGGCAAAGAAGAUAUAGAUAAAUUUAACGCCUCUUCAGCGGGAUUACUAAAAUCUCAUUUGGAGUCCUACGUCAACAACCAGCUAAGACACUUAAACUCAAUGUAUCAAGUUCAGGUCAAUCUUGCUAAGGAUGUGUUGAAGAAGGUUGAGACCAACCGCGAUCAACAUCGUGAAUAUAACGCGAACUUGAAGGCUGCGCAAGACUGGAUAAAUGACGCCAAGGCUGCUAUACGUGAGGCUAGUGAAUCCUCUAGCGCAGGCUCGAAGGAGCUUUUGCAGAAAAGGCUGGAAAAGAUUCAGCAGUUGAUUAGCAAUCGUGAAAUUGGACAGAAUCUGGUACACACCGCGAUCAACAACGGCGAAAAGGUAGUCAGAAACACCCGUUCCGAUGGCCGUGAUACGAUUAACAGUGAAAUGAGAGAUUUGCAGAAUGAUUGGGAUAGAUUGGUUAAGAAAAUGUCUACCGCCAAGGUACAAUUGGAAACCAACCUACUCCAAUGGGCCGACUAUAGUUCGAGCUACUCACAAUUACAGCAAUGGAUUACGGAUCGUGAGAGUAAGUUGCAACAGGUUUGCGACCAGAAGGUUGUGAAGUCGAAACGUGGCCAACCUGGUCUCACAUCCGGUUUGAGUGAACGUAAAGCGAACUUACGACAAACUAAUAAUAUUGUGCAAGAUAUAGUGUCCUUCGAACCAAUGAUACAAUCGGUGGCUUCGAAGGCAUCCGACCUACAACAGGGCGCGCCUGCCUCAGAAAUCUCAAACAAAUAUGAGACACUCACCAAACAGGCUAAGGAUCUUUAUGAAAAGCAAAAGACCACAAUCGACGAAUUCCAGGCGCUCAUUGAUGCGGGUAACGAAUUCGCUGCAUGGUUGCGUAGUGCUAAAGAGCGUUUAAGCAAGUGCUCAGAACCUACUGGUGAUAAACAAGCGCUGGCUGAGAAAACACAUCAACUGAAGAUUCUACAAAGUGAAGUGCCGGAAGGUAAAACGAAACUGGAAGCUGUAGUAACGCAAGGUGAACGCGCUUCUCUCAAUGCUGAACAAGAAGAUCGCGAGAUCAUUGAAGAAGAAGUCGGUUUGUUGCAAGAAGAAUUCGAUACUUACGUAGAUGCACUCACAAAAGCCAAGGAUUAUUUGGAAGUAGGUAUUGUCAAGUGGUCAGAUUACCAAGAUCAAUACAGCGAAGCAUUGGAAUGGCUUACCAAAACCGAAGCGUUGGUGCAAUCCUACAACAAACUGCAAGACAGUUUGGCAAGUAAAAAGACAGUGUUGGAAGAGUUCCAAGGUCACUUGCAAACACUUUUCGAUUGGCAGAAAACUUUAGAUCACCUAAAUAUGAAGGCACAAAUGCUGCUGGAGACCUGCUCGGACACACGUAUCAGCAAUGCCAUCAUGCAAUUGACAACCAAAUACAAUGCUUUACUUGCACUGGCCAAAGAAGUAAUGCGACGUUUGGAAUUGCACUACCAAGAGCACCAACAGCAUCGCACCUUGUAUGAGGAAUGUCAAUCUUGGAUUGAGGCCACACGCGAGAAACUUGAAGAGUGUACACAGAUACCUGGCACACUCAACGAGGUACAAAUCAAACUCAACACUGUUAAAAAUCUGCGUCAAGGCUUUGAGUCGGGUCAGAAUAAGCUACGUUAUCUACUCGAACUGAAAGAGAAGGUAAUCAUGAACACCGAACAGAGUGGCGCUACUAAAGUGCAAGAGGACACUGAAACACUGAAACAAGACUUCGAUAAGUUGCUUGUCGACAUGAAUGACGUGCGUCAGAGACUGGCCAAUCGUCUGUCACAAUUGGAGGAAGUUUACAAACUUCUCAAGCUGCUUACGGAAUGGCUUGAAGAUGUCGAACCGAGCGUCAAGACGAGCGACGAGUUCUUGAACGAUUUAAGUGAAAAGCGUGCCGCAUUGGAGAAGUUCCGUGCCAUACAACGUGACAUAAACGGUCACAACGAUAUUGUUGAGAAGAUUAACACACGCUUGAACGAAGAUAACAGUCUUGACCGUAAAGACUUCCGCGAUGGUCUCAGCAAAUAUGAGAACCUACAAGAAACCGUUGGCAAAAUCAUCGAGUCGCUCGAAAAUCAAGUCAAUAACCAUGACAAAUACAAGCAAGCCUUCAAUGAAAUACAAGAUUGGCUGCGUCGCACACGUAUUGAGAUCGAACAGUGCGCCGACUGUCAUGGUGAGAAGACACAAGUAGAAGAGCGUCUCAAUAAAUUGGGUGAUAUUGGCGCUAGCAUGGUCGAGGGUAAAUCACUGCUGGAUGCCUGUGAAGAAUUGAGUCAAGCAGUGAUUGCCACAAGUGGUAAUGAAGGUCAAGACACCGUUUCGCAAGAAAUCAAACAAUUAGUAGCCGAAUGGGAGGCACUGCAGGCAAUGGUGCGUGAUGCACGCUCCAAUUUGGAGACCUGUCUCGGUUUGUGGAAUGCAUUCUUGCAGAAUUUCAUUAAGAUUAACAAGUGGAUUGAAGAUGUUAGCCGACGUGUGGCUACCGCUGGCGAAGCUGAAAAUAAAACACCCGACGACUUGGCAUAUGCCAAGAAAUUAUUGGAGGAAGUUGUGGCGGAGAAGGAUAAUGUCGAAGACCUGAACGAUGCCUGUGAAUUGCUCAUGGAACACAGUGCAUGUACCCGAGUUCGUGAUCAAACUGUAGAAACUCAGUCUAACUACACCAAACUAUUGACACUGGCGCAAGGUCUCGUUUCCAAGAUCGAAAAGAAUCUCUCGGAUCACACCGAGUUCUUGAAUUAUAAGAAGGAAAUGGAUGCUUGGAUUGAGAAGGCGCAAGAAAUACUUGAUGGCUGCACUGUAGAUGGUGAUGUUAGCGAGAUAGCACAACAACUGGAGACAGUCAACUCCUUAGCAUCACGUCUACCUGAGGGUCAACAUCUGCUUGGUAUGGUACAAGAGGCGUACACGAAGGCGUCGAACAUAACACCUGAAGGCAAACAAGAGGUCCUGCGUGAGUUGAUGACUAAAGUACGUGAAGAUUGGGACGCAUUGGGACUCGCCGUCAAGCAGAAGCUGAGUGACUUGAAGCAAGCACAGAACCGCUGGUCCGACUUUGCCAACAAUCGCGACAAACUCGAGAAAUGGCUCGUCAGUACUGAGAACACACUGAAAUCUGUGCCCGACACUAAGGGUGAACUGAGCGAAAUGAAGACACUGCUCGAACGCUACAAGACAUUACAAAACGAAAUCAAACAGAAGGGCAUUGAUAUUGAGAAUCUAUUGGGCGAAGCCAAGGGCUUAGGUACCGAAGUAGAUUCUGUACACCAAAAGCAAACACGUUGGGAGAAAGUGAAGAACGAUUGCGCUGCCUACAUUAAGGGUUUGGAGAACGAAAUGGCCGACUACAAUGCCUAUCAUCAGAGCUUGCAGGAUAUCGAGAAAUGGCUGUUGCAAAUUUCCUUCCAACUGAUGGCGCACAAUUCGUUGUUUAUUUCGAAUCGCGAGCAAACCGAAGAACAAAUCAAGCAACAUGAAGCUUUAUUGGAUGAAAUUCAAAAGUAUCAAUCCAAUUUGGACGAUUUGAAUUCAAAGGGACAAGCACAAAUCAAGCGUUACGAGCCGACAACACCAGCCAUACGCGACACUGUCGAGUCACAGCUUCAGAAUAUACAGGACAGCUACAAUUCAUUGUUGCAAACCUCGGUGCAGAUCAGGAAUCGUUUACACGAGUCCUUGGCUAAAUUCAAGGAAUACGAGGACACACUGGAUAGCAUAAUGCGCAAUUUGGAGGCUUACGAACCGGUCAUACAAAACGAGCUGGAUGCACCCGCCACCAGUUUGCAGCUGGCGCAACAGCAAUUGAAGUGUGCACAGGAUCUGCAAACCAAACUGAACAACGAAAAGUCCCGCCUUGCCGCCGCUGUGCAAGCUUGUGAAGCCGCCACCGCCUCCAUCAGCCGUCCCAGCUCUCCGCUGGAGUCUGCCAUGCAAACCAUACCCGAGCGUGAGCUCAUUGUGCGCGCCAAGCUGGAAGAUUUAUUGGAUCAAGUGCAAUCCCACUUGGGUGGAUUGACCGCUUCAGUGAGUGAAUUAGAGCAACAGCAGAAACAACGCGCCGAGCUCCAAGAUUGGAUUAAGAAACAGGAAACAACUGUUAGUGAUUGGUUAACGCGGCCAUGCAAGUUGCGUCCGGAAGCAGCUAAACAAGAGUUGGUGGCCAUGAAUGACUUGUUGAAUUCGAUUGGCGAUAAGCGUUCACAACUUAUGUUGGAGAUGACAGGAUCAUUAGCCGAUGAUGACACUGAUCUCGACGACAACCUCGACAAACUCGAGUCCGAGUUAAUGAACGCUAUUGCUAAGAAACAAGCUGGUCAGAAUGAUAUCGAUAGCUAUCGUCAAGGUGUACAGGAUGUACAAAACUGGUUUGAUUCGCUUAUCAAACGUAUGGAUGUAUUGGAUAAAGGUUCCGGUUUGAAUUGUGCACAGAAAAAGGCUGCCAUCAAUGAAAUCAAGAAAGAGUUUGAAGAASAAGGUCCGAAAAAAAUCCAAGAGCUGAAGGGCAAAGCAGCACAAGUUGCAGASGCUAUUAGCAAUUUGGAUGGGCAACAGGUUGAAGAACAGAUGAAAUCAUUGGAUCGCCGUUAUGCGGAUCUCGGCAAACGCAUCGAUCGUAAGUCWCAGCUACUUGACGUUACCAAUAAGGGCGUUGAUGGCGCUAAGGGUGAAAUCGAACAGUUACAUAACUGGGUUAAGGACAAGAUACAAGAGCUGCAAACACCUACUGCAAUGGGUUAUGAACCAAAAGCAGCUGAGGCACGUCAACAAGCUAUUAAGGGCAUUAUGAAGGAAGCCGAAGCGAAGAAGUCACAAGCUGACGCUUUGGAGAAACGUAUCGCUAAUAUGCAACCCGAACUUGAGCCCGUCGAAUAUGCACAACUCGAGUCGGCGUURCGGCAAUUGAAUUCCGAGCAAAAGAAUCUUUCCGAGGUGCUCAAGAGCGAAUUAGAUCGUGCACUGGAUGCGUCUAAGGCRCGUAAAGCGCURGAAGUUGAUUUGGAGAAGGCACGCGCUUGGUUGAAAUCGAAGAUUGCCGAAGUACGUAAAUUGCCUGUGUAUCAUCCAUUGCCAUCGUCCGAAAUCGAGAAGAAAAUACAAGAGAAUAAGAAGUACGAUGAUGAAGCGAAACAAUUCAAUGAUUCGGUGUUGAGCGAUGUACAACGACAAGCGGCGAAUAUAAUGAAGGACUGUCCGGAGGCAGAUAGAGCAGCUUUGCAGAAAAUACUCGAUGAAAUAGYCGGCGAUUAUCAAACCCUAAAGGAUGAGAGUGGCAAGCGUGCUAAAGCUUUAAGCGAUCUCUUGCAGGGACGUAAAUCAUUCGAGGAUGCUAUGAAGAAUAUGAGCGAUUGGUUGAAUGAGAUGGAAACCGCCACAGCUGGUGAAUUGCGUACAACCAGUGUACCAGUUUUGGAAGAACAAAUAGCUCACUACAAGAAAUUGCUAGAGGAUGCCGAAAGCAAGGCUGACUUAAUGAACAAUGUGGCCGACCAAGGCAAAGGUAUUUUGCCCACGCUAAGCAAUCCUGAUAAGUUGAAACUGAACGACGAUAUCAAAAAUUUGAAGGACCGUUACGGUAAAGUGACACAGAACAUUAAGGAUCGCGUAAACACGCUCUCCGAUCAUAUCAAGAAAUACAAGGAUGCCAAGGGUAAAUUGGCUGACUGCAUGCAGUUCCUCAACACCAUACAGCAACGCUUGCGUGAACUCAAUAAACCAAUCGGCUCAAAGAUCGAAGAUGUACAAGAUUUGCUGGGCGCGUACGAGGGUAUACUGAAGGAACUCAAAGAUAGCAAGAACAAAAUGGGUGACAUUCAAAUGGAUGAUCUACCCGAGUURCAGAGUAUAUUACAGCAACAGGAUGACAUGAUUAAAUUGAUUGAGGAUCAACUGGCUCAUCUGCGUCAAUUGUUGUUGCUACGCGAGCAAUUCAUUGCGCUGAUCAAUGAGAUUAUCGCUUUCAUCAUGAAAUACACUGAUGUUAUAAUCGAUAUUGAGAAUUCACCUGACAGCUUGGAGGACAAAAUCAACAAGUACGACGAUGUUAUUGUCAAGAUACAAGAAUGUGAGGGUCUGCUGGCCUCUGCUACCGAUAAGGGUCAGAAGAUCGCAUCGGAGGGUUCUGCCGCUGACAAGAACAGCAUUACUGAACAGUUGCAAUCACUUAAGAAUCAACUACAGAACCUACGCAAGGCAGUCGAGUCACAACGACAAAAACAUCAAGUACAACUCGAACACCAUCGCAAAAUGGCUGCCGAACUCUCAGAAAUUCUUGACUGGUUGCAUAAUAAUGAAGCGUCUGCCAAGUCACGACCCCUAUUGGAUCGUGAUCCUGAAUCUGUAGAACAUGAAAUUCAAAAACACCACAAAUUACGCAACGAAAUCCAAGGAUAUCUCGAUAAAUUCGACAAAAUCRAUGCUAGCGUUAAGACCGAGGUCGGCAUGCCUGGCUCACUGGUUGAAAUGCUUUCCGAAGGUCGUUCAUUAGUCUCCUCACUGCCACAAGAGCUUGAAGAUCGCGAGAAGUACUUGAUCAACAAUCGCGAUUCACGUCUUGARUACAUGAAAUUGGUGGCCAAAUUCAAUGAUUGGGUGCACGAAGCUGAGACACGCYUACAAAAUAGUCAACAUGGUAUCGACUAUGAAAAUCUCGUACAAGACUUGGAAGAACAUAAGAUCUUCUUCGGCAAUGAGACGCCAAUUAAGAAUUUGGUGCAUAAACAAAUCCAAGAAGCCGCCGAUAAGAUUUGGCCCUCGCUGAGCAGCUUCGAACAGUCGGAAUUGUCACGCGAAUUGGCACAACAUCAAACUAAAUUGGCCAACACCAUUGCAACGGCCAAAUCGCAGCAAGGCGAAUUGGAGAAAGAGGUCGAGCGUUGGCGUGAAUAUCAGCAAUCGGUGGAGCGCGUCAAAGCAACCAUCGAACGCAGCAAGUUCAGCGAUGAACCCGUACAGAAUUUGGCUGGCCUGCAUUUCAACAUACAGAAAUUGACGCACGCCAUCGGCAAUGUGCAGAGCCAAGCUAGUGACAUCACACUCGCCAAUCAGCAGGCGCAAGGACUUAUACGUCAGGCCGACGCACGCAAUCGUCAGCUGAUUGAACAGGAUAACGCAGAAUUGAAUCGUUUGUGGAMCGAUUUGUUGAAGGGACUCGAGACUCGGCGCGAUUCAUUGCAGAGCAUUGCUGAACGUUGGGACGAAUUUGAGAAUCACUUGCAUAGCUGGGAGAAGGCAAUUAGCCGUUUGGAAGAUAAAUUCCGCAAUGUCGACCCAGUAGUUAGGUCGCGACGUCAUUUGGAAGAUACAAAGAAUGCCAUCCAGGAAAUACUCGCCGAAUCUGAAGAACUUAAAUCAUCACAUAAAGAGAUUGAGGCGCUCUCAAAAUCAAUCGUCACAUUCCUUGGGGAAGUUCACCAACCCACAUCGCAGGCCCUACAGGCCAAAGUGGAUAACUUAGUACAGCAGCAAACAAAAUUAAACGACACCUUACGCGAGAAGGAUCGYCAAGUUGGUAAGGAUCUGGAAGAGAUCGAAACGGUCUUCCAUUGCAUCUCAGAGUUGCAAGAUAAAUUCAACGCCCUACUCGAGCAGAUACAAGAAGUGCACACUUUUGACGAGCAUAUUGACGUCAUUGAAAAGUCUUUGAACGAUUUGCAGCAACAAGUUGGCAAGGCAGUUGCCGACAGCACCCAACUGAUUACCGAAACCAAGGAAAACUAUUUGCAGAAACAAAAUCUGGUACCAAGUGAUAUAGCACAGGAGUUUACAGCGUUAGAGUUGCUCUCCGAGCGUGUACAAGGCGCCAUGGAAACCAAACAGAAAGAAUUCAAACGUGCCAAGACUGUACGCACCGAAUACCUGAGCGGCGUCGAUGAGAUCCAAAGAUGGUUGCGACAGGCGGAGGUACAAGUGCAAGAUCGUACACUAGCACCCGCACAAAUGAAAGAACUACUGCAUCGUAUCAAUCAAGAAAUAGCCGGCAUUUAUGAACGUUUCACAAUGGUCAAGACAAAUGGRCAGCUGAUUAUCGACAAUUGUCGCAACAGUAACGAAAAAUUGCUGGUACAAUCGACGAUCGAUCAAUUGGCACAGGAAUUGGGACAAGUACGCGCGUGGUUGGAUGAGAAGAAACAACAAGUGGGCGAUAGUUUAGAUGCAUGGACAAGAUUUAUGAAUCUGUAUCAAAUUGUGAUGGCGUGGGUGGCGGAGAAACGCACCUUCCUCGAUCAGACAAUCGAACUGCGUACACUGCCCGAGGCGCGCAACAAGCUCAAUGACUAUGUAGUGGCUGUGAAGAGCAUUAAACCGAUCGUGAAGCAUUUGAGUGAAAUGGACAAGGAACUGGAACACAUUGGACAAGUGACGACUGUGGGCGAUCUUAAGGACAAACUGCAAGAGGCUGAAGACGCCAAGGUUUCCGUGGAAGCGGUGCUGCUGGAAAGGAAUUCCCUGUUACAAGAAGCCUGCGAAGAAUGGGAUCAAUGCGAACGCAAAAUCAAGGACAUACGCGGCUGGAUAGACAAGACGAAACAAUCACUGGACUCACCACAACACAAGAAGAAACCGCUGCGCGAUCAACUGGGCUAUUGUGAGAAAACAUUGGCGGACAUCAAUGUACAGAAGACCAAACUGCGUCUAUCUAUCGAAAAAUUGGAGGUGCAYUUCCGCAAUGGUAUGGGUGGCGAUCCGCGCCUUAGUGAGAAUGUCGAUGAUUUGCUGAAGGUCUUGGACGGACUAGCGGAAUUAGUCCGCACCAAAACCACCAGUCUGGAAGAGACGCUCAGCCAGAUCGACAUCUAUCAGCAACAGAUGCAAACAUUGCGUCAGAAGAUCAUACAAGAGGAGCAACAAUUGCGUCUCGUUAUGGCACCCACGUAUCUGCCACACGAUCGUGAGCGUGCAUUAGCAGAGCAACAGGAUUUAACGCACGAUAUCGAAGAUUUACUGCAAUCCCUAUCGACGGUCGAAGAUGGCAUUGGUAAUUUGCCGAGCGCUAGUUUGGAUGGCAUGCUGCAAGGAUUGAAGCUAAUCCAAGAGAAUCUGGAAUACCAAGAAAAGGAAGCAACACGUCUACAAGAAAUCGGACAAACACUACCAACAGAUCCCGGCACUGAGCGUAUACUCAACGAGAUCAAAGACCGUAUUGAUCUGUUAUUGCGCCGCACGCAGCAAGGCAUCACAAUGAUAGCGAGCGCCAUGCACGGUCAGAAGAAGCGCGAGGAGGAACUCAACGAAUACCAAAUGCAUUUGAUUGCAUUGCAGGAAUGGAUUAUGGAGGUAUCGCAACAACUUAAAGACCUCGAACCGACACCCGAAGUCGCCGAGGAUGAGGAACAGCUCAAAUCGCAAGCCGAACGAAGUCAGCAAUUGUUACGCACGCUCAAGGAUAAACAACAAUCACUAGAAGAGUUGGUCGAGAAGACGCGCUUACUGCAGCAACAUGAAGAUGUUGCACCAAUGGCCUGUGAUCUGAUGGAUCAGCUUGAGCUUAUUAUCACGCUGUUGCGGGAACAAAUCACUGUCGCCACUACACGCAUUUAUACCAUCGAGAAGACUAUUGUGGAGCUGCGUAAAGCUAGACAGGAAGAAGAGCAUCGCAAGCGCGUAGCAGCCGAUGCUUUAAUACAGCCACCAAUCAGCGCACCACCAUCCAUCGAAUCAAAUGCUAGCACCAUUGAUUCAACACCUAUGCCAGAGGAGGAAGUUAAACCAGUGCAAGUACAAGCGCUCGCAGUAGAAACCCAAACGUCCGAGAGUCUUGCCGCAGCACAACCUCAAGCAGUUGUCGAGACAUACACAGUUGAGGCGCAAACUAGUUUCGCAGACCCAGUUGUGCCAUUAGCGCCUUUUGUUGAAACCRCUGAGACUGCCAUGCAGACGCAGAAGGAGCGUAAGCCUACCGAGAAUAUUUUAGUCACCUCAACCAUACAAGCCGGUCAGGAAACUAUACAGAUUGAUACCAUACCGAAUAAGGAGAUACCUGAAGUGCCAGAUGAUGUAGAAAUCGAAGCGCGUUAUCACCAACAACCGCAAGGAGAUGUGGAUCGUGCCACCGAACUGGUAUUGAAGAAUGUACCGCAAGCAUUCGAAACCACCUUUGUUGAACCCGACCAAACUACCACCGAAGUUGUGGUGGAUGCAGAUGGUACGAAACACAUUAUUGUAAAGAAAGUGACGCGCACACGGCAACAGGUGGUGCAGCAUCAGCAAAUUAGUUCAAUUGCCACGGUCACGGAUGCCGACGGUAAUAUACAAAUACAAUCCACCGGGCAAUUGAAUUUGGAAAAUGUGCAAACUGCCGAUACUAGAGGCGAUGAUCAACACGGCUAUCAGACGGUGAUAACGCAGCAAACACGCGGUACUGUCGUGGACGGUUCGGAUCCGAAUGCUGUGGUCGUUAAGGAGUUCGAAACGGAACCAACAAUUGAACAUAUUGAACAAUUGCAAACACCUGAGGGUCAAAAAACCGAAAUGAUUACCGUUGUUAGCGAAGGUCCAACAACCACGUCCACUUCGCAAAGCAGCAUACGAGCGGUUGUGCAGCAAGUAACGCGCAAAAUCAUACGAAAGACCCGUAAGAUUAUUAAGCGCAUCGUUGUAAUCGAUGGCGUGGAACAUGUCACCGAAGAGGUGGUUGAAGAGCCAGAAGAAAUCGAGGUCAGUGAAGAAGAGUUGCCGCCACAGGUGAAUGUGAAUAUCAUACGCACCGUCAAUGGCAAAGUGGUGACCGAGGAAGAAUUCGAACGACUGACAAAAGAACCAGGAGUGGUAAUUGAAGAGGUUUCGACUGAUUUGUUGGAACCGCAGUUGCCGCAGACAAGCGCACCUGUAGACGAGGCUGUGCCGUUAGUGCCAGACUCGACGCAGCCGCAACAGGUAUUUGAAAUUGAAUCUUCUACUAUAACUACUACAAAAACACAAACACAACCAACAACAACCAGUAUUAUAACAACAAGUACUACAGAAAGAACUACAACAACAUCAACAGACCAAGCACCAGUAGAAUUUGUUGAUUUGUCCGCACCAAAAGUAGUUGAACAAAGAGUAUUUGAAACCGUAGAAACUACUAGUACUAGCCCUGUUAAUAUUCCAGAGGACUUAAGUACGACACCCUAUGAACAGACAAUAGUAGUUGAAAAGGAAGUUUCACCAAGCGUACAAACCAUCGAACCAACUAAACUCAUAGAAAACAUUCAUGAGAUUUGGCCRAAAGAACAUCAUUUGGUGCCAACUGAUAUCGAUUUCUCUCAUCACCGCGAUGACGCAACUAAACCAUUGGUUGAGACAUAUGAUGUUAAAGCAACCACUGAGUCCCAACCAGUGGAUACUGUUUGGCCAAUUGAUGAAGAUACGGGUUAUCCGGUUUCUCUGGAAGAAUACAAAUUCGAAAAAGUUGUAGAACCCAAGGAAAAGUCUAAAAUAAGUGAACCAGAGCAAAAAACGGCAACAGUGACAACAACAACUAUUACGACAGUCUCCACUGAGCAGUUAUCACCUGAGAAAGUUGUCGACGUAACGGAAACCAUUGARAUAUCAGCACCCGCUGCCUCUGAUUUAGUUAUGCCGGAAUUGGUUCCAUUUAAAGAGCCGGAGAGUAUUGCAGUAUUACCACCAGAUGUUACCGAGCCAGUAUCACAUGUUUCUAAACCACAAGUAUUAACAUCGGUUAAAGAACCUGAAAUUUCGUCAAUUGAAACUCAAGAACCUACUCCCGUACCUUCUAAGCCAAUAGUGUUAGAACCAGAACUACCAUCCUCACAAGUCACCAUUGUCAAGGACGUACCUGAAGAGACACCAACACAACCUGAAGAGAAGCUAGUCACAGAUGUUGCUACAACCGCAGAAGAACCAGAAACAAUUAUUGUGGAAACACCUGCCAGUGAGCAUGUUUCAAUUACUUCUACCGAAACAGUUACUAAAACGCCACCGGARGACAGGUUUCUGCAACCGGUGCCUGCCGAAAAGUCCCAAAUUGACAUACGAGCUGCCACACAGCUCUUUAUUUCUGGCGAAGUGUUGGCCACUGACAGUGAUUCUCCACGUAAAUCAUUCACAGUGACUGCGCCGUCUAUUGAGCAAACCGGCAGCGGUGUUCUCAAAGUUGUUAUGACAACUGAGGAAGAUGUUGACCCUAAACAAUUGCCACCUAAAGUGAGUAUGACAAUUGUUGAGACCUCAACGGUGACCGAAACAGAGCGGGAGGAUACUACAUCGCGGGGCGAUGAAUUGAAUCUCACACCUGCCGAUGCCAAGCGAAGUCGUAAGAAAAAGAAAAGAAAGGAAGAUGUCGAACCUGAAUUUGAGCAAAGUGAAGACGAAGCUAAGGUUGAGAAAUCUGAGGUGCCUGUGUCCAAAAUUUCAGUGUCCGAAAUCGACAUUGAAACUCCUCGUGAAACAGGCUAUGAAGCCGAUGACGUAUCCCUUUAUGAUUAUGAAAAUGAAGAUUCUAGAAAAAUGCGACAUAAGCGGAAGAAGCAAAGAUCAAGAAUCCCUGAAGAUGCAGAGUCACAUGUGCCAUCAUCAGAAGCAACACCACGUGAUAUUGAUACACCCAGUUUGGAAUCUGAAGGUAAAGUUAGGCAAGAGGUGAUUGCCGAGAUUAGCCCAGAAAGUGAAGCGACCAGCAUUGAAAUAGAUACUUCAGUAAAGGUUGUGGAGGAAGCGGUGGUAUCGCCAGAUUCUGAUUCACUACGUGCACCUCUUAUGGAGCUAGUAAUUCCUACCGAGGUCAUAGAAAUUUCCUACGUGGAAGAUGAACAGCAACAAACCACGCCACGUGAAGAACCGUCUGCACCUAUCUAUGAAGAACCCAUCAAAGAGAUCAAAUCAUCCCAGACAUCUCCCGAACAUAAGCCCAAACAAGAAGAAAUAUCCUUGCAGACAAGCAUUGACGUUGUACCAGAAAGUCAAGAGACUGAGGCGCAGACGAUCACAGUUGAAAUAACGGAUACUGAAAUGCAAACAACACCACGUUCUGAGGAGCCAGUUACACAAAUAGCUCUUGAGCCAAAACAAACUGAAGAAGAACAAGUACAAACUGAAGCACCUUAUUCAGAACCUAUGCCGCAAACAGAAGUACCCGCCAAGCCAGAAACCACAGAAAUAUCAAGCCAAACUAUUGUGGUUACCACCAUUGAAAAGAAACUGCAAACUACACCUAAGGAAUCACCACGCUCACCUGAGGCAAGUACUCGCGAUGUCGUUCAACCUUUAGUACACGAACUGGUCAAAGAUUUGACUACAGAUUUACCAACUGAAAAGGUUGAAAAAUCUGACCAAGCUACUGGCACAGAUUACACAGUUACUCAUGAGACUUACGUACAAACUCUCACCCCAGAACCGGUGGAUUAUGUUCAACCUGCAAGCACACCCGAACCGGUAAUUGAAGAAUUCAUAGAACCAGUGCAUGUGGUUAAAGCACCUGCAGAGCAGCGUGAUCAGCACACAACCACAUUCGAGUUGACUCAAGUUGUAGACUCAACAUCACAAACUACACCACGUGAUGAACCUCAACCAGUAGAACAGCCUGUUUCUUUAGAACCCGUUACACUAACAGAAGAUAUUUCAUCAACAUUGACUUCCUUAUCUGAGCCGUACAAUAUWGAAAUUCAAACUUCAGUGGCAAUACCGCCAGAUACGGACAACUCAGAGAUUGACCCGAUUGUAUAUGAGCAUACACAAACAAUUGAACUGCCCAAACGGGAUAAAAAGAAAAAGGAUAAGAAAAAUAAAAAGAAGAAACAUACUGCUGAAGAAAAGCCAGACGAAGAUGACUCUAUUGUGGAGCAGUUGCCAGAGGUCAAUGUGAAUAUCGAAAUAGCAAAAGACAUUGUACCUGAAGCAGGUGUGCUUGUAACUACUACUCAGCAAGUGUCAGAAGAUACCGGUUUACGAACUAUGGAAAAGAAGCCACAAUUGGUGCAACUGCAAAUCACUAAGACUACGGUUUAUGAAGAAUUCCCUGACUUGCCGCUACAGGUCAGCGAGCAGAGCAAGGUGAACCUUACCAGUCAGCAAGGUAGCAAACCACGUUCCAGACCUACUUCAUCCGUCAUGAUUGAGGAAGUAAGCUCGCCAAUAGAAGAAAUUGUUGUGCCGCUAACUCCUGGUCCUGAUAAAGAUGUACCAGAAAGUGCCACUGAAAGCAUUUGGUUAGCGGCAACAACAGCAGUUGGYAUUGCCAAGGCGCCUAAAGAUGCUUCACAGGCAAUGAUUAUGUCUGAAAGUCUACAACACUAUCCUGGAUCACAAGUGAAACCAAAGGCUGUGGAUGUUUGGGCUGAAACGAAGCAAGUUAUCGGUGGACGCAUUAGAUCAUUGAAAGAGUCCACACCUGAGCAUAAACCACUUAGCAAUGUAUUGCAUUUAGCCACCCUCUCCGACAAGAUUACGGAUAUGCCUGUAGAAGUCCGUGCGCAGGAAGUCAAUCAAGGCUUGCUCGAUUUGGAGGUAGCUGUGAAACAAGGUGAUCGCACGGUCAUUGAAACUACCGUCAUAACCGUUAUUGAAAAAGUUUCAACCUGGCUCGAAACUGUUGAAUAUCGAGUGUACUUAAUCAGACAAAACUCUGAUGAAGGUCCUUCCGAGCAGAAGUUGGACGAUUAUAAUCAGUUGAACGAUGAACUCGGUACUAUUAAGUCGAAUGUCAACACACUCGAAAAUCACUUGGAGAAAGCUGACCACUUGACUGGCCAAGAGGUGCAGCAGUGUGUUGAUGCGCUCAAGGAGCAUGUCAAUGCAGURGAAGAAGUGACCAAAGACAACCAGGCACAAGAUACUAAAGAGUUGAAUAAGUGGAAUAAUUUUGUCGUAUUGAUAUAUCGCACCACCACCAUUUUGGAAGAACUUCAAGAACGUUAYGACACCAUUGUGUCGCAAGACAUAACACUGAAUGGAAAAUUGCGCAGUCUCGAUGAAUUGGAGGUACAGAACCGCGACGUACAAGCUAGUAUCGCAGAGCUCACACAAAGUGCACGCGCAUUCCAACGUAACUUCCCUGGCAAGAGGGUGCCGCACGACAUCUACAAUUCCUAUGAAGUUUGUAAAAACAUUGAAAACAACAUACAGGCUGAACGCGACCGCUUAAUGCAGUUGCAGUCCUUAGCCGAAGAGUAUGAGCAAACUCUCAAGGAAUUCACCAACAUCACUGUGUUGGCCGACAAGAUGGUCGAAAGUCCAAUUAUAUCCAGCACAUUGGAACAACUCAAUAAUGAAGUACAGAAACAUCGCAAAUUCUUUGUAAACCUAAGCCAUUGCCGUGCCAUGCUGGAGUCACUGGAAGAGAACAUCGAUACCGAGACGAGAGAGAAGCACGCCGAGUUGCACAAAGAACUCUAUAAUCGCGCGACUGUGCUUUUGGAAAAGGCGUCAGAACGUUCAUCGAAAUUAGUGCAAGCUGCUUCACGCUGGACGGUAUUAGAGAAGGGCAUGAAGGAUGAACUGCAAUGGUUACAUGUGGCACAACAACGGGUGCCCGAUUUGUCUGCUGUCACUUCUGCAGACUACGACCAAUAYACUACGCUAUAUCAGUCCAUCAGCAGCGACAUCUCUAAUCACUACUUGAAAAUGACACAACUCUCAAAUAUUUCCAACAAACUGCAAGAUCUUGUGCAGGCGCCCAACCUAGUCGAAGAGACAAAUGAAGCGCUCAUUGUACUGCUGAAAUUGCGUGAAGAAGUCUCCCUGUACCUGCAUCGUCUGCUCGUCUUCAAAGAGAUUUGGGCACAGUAUGAAAAUCAAACCGAUAAAAUGGAGACUUUCGUGCGCGAAGCUGAGAAGGAAUUGCGCAACAUACAUAUACCCGAAGAUCCACUAGAGCAGCCAAUUGAACAUAUGCGUCAGUUCUGGGAGAUGAAGGCACACUUUGAAAUGCACAAUAACAUACGCAAUCUAGCGGGUCAUAGUUUCGAAAAAGCGCUGCAAGUCAUACCGCUCGCCGACGAAAUGCUACAGCGGCAAUUCCAUGCACAACUCGAAGAUCGUUGCCAAAACAUAGCCGCCUCUAUUGAGCGUAUACAGAAUAAUAUUGUGAAUAGCCUGGCCUCGCAAGACGUGCCACCCGAAGAGAAACUGAAAUUGGUCGAACGUGAGUUGCAAGAAAUCUAUCUGACAAUGACCAGCAUUAAGGGUGUAAUCAAGAAUGAGGAAGAGCUCUGCCUCUACAUUGAGCGCAUACAAGUACUGCGUACGCGUGUUGGCUUCAUUGGCAAUGAAUUGGGGCGCAUCGGGCUGCAAGAACCAUCCGUCGAACCGGAAAAGGUGGGCGAACUCUUUGCACUCUCGCAUAAGAUCAACACACAAAUUGCCGAAGAACUUGAAGGCGCCUCCGUGCUGCGCGAACAAUUGCGUGCCAUACAAGAGGGCAUACAAAAUCUGCGCAAACAUCAAACAAAACUCUCGGUCAUAUUGGACGAAUGCGAAAGCGCUGAGAAACUGAGUAGCGAAGCUAUUGAAAAGGCGGUAAUCGAUUGUCAAGCAGUUGGUGAAGAUCUYAUCGGUAAUUGGCAAGAAAUCAUGCGUAUACGACAAAUGUUGCAUACGUUGCCAAUGCGGUUGAAGAUGUCGGUGUCGCCUGUGAAAUUGGAGCGUGACAUCUCGCAGCUACAAGACGAUCACGCMUUCUUAGAGAGCAAAUGCACGAACAUACUGGCAAUACUGAGAAAUCGCUUAGCGCUUUGGUUACGCUAUGAGCGUCAGCUGGAGUUGGUGCACGAUUCCGUGCAGGAGACUGACUUUAUGAUGGAAUUGCUCAAGGUGCACGGGCAGGUCGACUAUGAGCGGCUGCGCAAGGCCACUGAACGACUAGAGGGUCUUGCUGGUGAUUUACAAAAUCGUGAAACACUCUUGGAGGAUUUAAAAACCUCGGCUAAGCCUCUUAUCGAAACAUGCGAUGUKCAAAUUGUCGAACAGAUCGAGUCGGCUGUGCAGGAUGCGGUUGUAGCUUGGAAUGAUACGUCGGAUAAUUUGCUGCAACUGUGCACGCGUUAUCAGCGCGCUGUCGAGCUUUGGGAGAAAUAUCGCAACGCUUCGGCGGCCAUACGUAAUUACGUUGAACAGCAAAUGGAUACGGUGCAGAAUUUGAAACAGCCGCGGGAGACGCUGCAAAGUGCUAAGAUCUGCCAGGAUAAUUUAAACUCACAAACGGAUCGUUUGUCGGAGCUGCGCGAUAUCGUUACGAAAAUAGCCGCCGAUAUUGGUUUGGAUGCCUCCGGACUCAUGCAAGGCGAAUUGGAUGCGUUAGGCCAACGUUUGCAAGACUGCAAGGAGGCCAUUACCACAUUGGCCAAUGUGGCCGAAGCCAAGGAUAAAGAACGCAAGGCCAUCGACGAGAAUGUACAGCAAACGAAAGCGUACUUGAACAAUGUACAGAAGGAUGUCGAUCGCCAAUCGCAGGUCACCGCAGCCGGUGUGCCUAGCGAGGAGCAGCUAACGGCAUUGCGCACUCACUUGCAGACACUGGCUCGAACGGAGGAAGAGCUGAAGCAGYUGCGUGAGCGAAAUAUUGAGAACACGACGACCGAACGUAGUAAUCUGGCUGAUGAUGACAACACCAUCAUCGAGGUGCUGGAAUUGUGGCAAAAGAUAUUCCAGGAUACCUUUCAAGAGUAUCAUCGCCUCUCCACACGUUUGCUGCGCAGUCAGAACAGCGCUGAGGCAUUGAAGUUGUGGCGUCAAUACUUGCAGCACGUGCAACAAUUCCUUGCCUGCAACAUACCUGAAGACUACACAAGUCUCAAGGAGCAGCAGCAUCUGUGUGAGAUACAUCAAAAUCUKCUUAUCUCACAGCAAAAUGUGCUCGCCACACACACGGAAGCCGAACAACAACUCGAACCGGCACUCGCCGAACAAUUCAAAGUGCUAACGAACAUGCAUAAUGAGACGCUGUCACGCAUUAUGCAACGCAAUAAUGAGCUGGAGGCGCGCAUGACUGCUUGGAACACGUAUCGCGCUGAUUUGGCGGCGCUGCUCGAGUGGUUGAAGGAGCGCGAGAAGGAGCGCACACGCUUGCAACUACGCUACAUAAACCUGAAGCGCGUGCCACGCCUCAAGCAGCGGCUGGAUGAGUUACUACAACAGUUGCCAGCAGGCGAAGCAAUGUUGACGCAAUUGAGGGAGCAGCAAACUAGUUUGUUGCGCUUCUGCGACGAUGCGCUCGCCACCUCCAUACGCAUGGAACAGUCAAGUGUAGCACAACGCAUUAACAACUUGAAGGCCGCACUGGAGACAUGGAAUAGCUUUCUGUUGAAAAUCUCACAGCUGGCGAGCGCUUAUGAGCAACGUACCGUUCAGCUAGACAAAGAGUUCGACAAAAUGCAACAGCUAGUAAACAAAACAAAUGACCUAUUACCCACUAGCGCCAGUGAUAUACAGGAUUGUYUGAGUAAACUGCGCGCGCAGCAAGUACAUCUUUCGACGCUCACGGAAGAUCUUGAAGCACUCAAUGUCACACAAGAGGAACUCAAAGAAUGUAUUAGCCCGCACGACAUGAAGGCAAUAAGACAGAAGAUUUGGCUGCACUGGCAGCAGCACGCUGAUCUCGAAUACCAACUGACGACUUUGAUAAAUAUCAUCGAGGAGCGCUUGUCUUUGCAUGCACUCUUCAACACACGCUACGACCGUUUGGCGCACUGGUUGAGUGGUCUGGAACACCGCGUUGAGCGUGAUUCGGAUAUCUCAGCCAUAGCGAACCCCGAAGAUGCAGCGCGUCAAUUGGAUAAACAAAUCACCGCUGAGCUCCAACUGCGCGAAAAAGAUCGCGAAUGGCUGUUGUCUACGGGACGCGAACUUAUCUCACUCUACACAGACAAUUCGCGCAAUGCAGAGGCCAUACGYCAUGAGGUGCAAGAGAAAUCGGAUAUGCUAAUCGAUCGUUGGGAACGGCUGAAGUACCUGAGCAAGCAGCGCGCCAACAAGAUUGGCGAUUUGAAGAUGACACUGCUGCGCCUAGAGGAACGCAUUGCCUUAAUACGUGCCUGGAUGUUCGAAGUAGAGACCGAAUUGCAUAAACCACUCACUUUCGACUCGUACACACCACCGGUUAUAGAGGCGAAACUCAAGGAGCAUGAGAAGAUACAACGCUCCAUUGAGAAUCACAGCAGCAAUGUUGGUGAAGUGUUGAAUUUAGUUGAAAUGCUGCUAAAUGACGCGGAUACCUGGCGCUCGCAUGUAAACACCUCGAAUCUUGGUGUAUCUGCGCAGAAUCUCGAGAAACGCUGGAAGAAUGUCUGUCAGCAAUCCGCCGAACGCAAGCAACGCAUACUUACCACAUGGAAUUUGUUGCAACAAUUGAUCAAAUUCACCACUGAGUACAAAACAUGGCUAAGCAAACAGGAGACAGACAUUGCGGCCUACGAACGCGACCUUUCAACAUUGUCGAAGGAGGAAGCGGCUGCACGUCAAAAAGCUGUCGAAACUAAGCUACGUGAACUAGAGGCACAAGAGGYGCCCCUCAAUCAAUUAGCACAGACUUAUGCCAAACUGAUGAUGAGCGCUGGGGUUGAUCCCGAGAAUAUACAGAGUCUUACCAUGCCGACGAAGGUAAUGUUGGCGAAGUGGCGUCAACUCGGACCACGCUGUCAUGCUGUUAUCGAUGUCAUUGACAAAGACGUCAAAUUGCGGCGCGAUUUCGAGAAGGCACAACAAGAGGCUGUAAAUGYGUUGACCGGCAUACAAAGUGAACUGGACCRUUUGCAGAAACAACAGCCAUGUACACCCGCCGAAGCACAAGCUGCUGUGAAACGUAUCGAAAACUUGGAAGCCAAGCUGAAACAAGCUGGCGAAAAAGUGGAAAGUGCUGACAAAUUAGCGGCCGAAACCAAAAAUAAGGCGAAACAAGACGAACUGACGCGUAUCAURACGCUCAUCACGCAAUACACCAUCAUUUGGCGUGAACUGCAAACGCGCAUAGUCACAAUCAAAGCCGAAUGGAUUGCCAAAGCGGCCGCCGCCGCUACCGGAGUUGUCGGCGSUGUUGCAGAGGCAGCUAUCACCGCGACACACGCAUCCGAAGCCGAUGCUGGCGUGCAAGUGAACACUUUGUCACAACGCAAGCUACGCAAGGCGCAAAUGCAACGCGAAACCUCGAUCACCGCCAAAGAUGCCUAUAUCAUGGAGCUGGAGACAGCGAUCAAGGAAUGCCAAACGAAUCUCGAUGAGCUGAAGCGCACCAUUUGCGACAAGACACGCAAACCAGGUCCGCAAAAGAUGUCCAAGCUGAUUGGCAAUGCACAAUCGUCCACCGAGCUGGUGAAGCAUUUAAGUCAGCUGUUGUUGAGCGAAUGCCAAGCGAGCGCCGACGAGGCGCAAGUGGAGGCAGUGGCAGAGCUGGCGCUGCGCUUCGAAACAUUGCUGUCGCAAUGGAAGACGCGCCAACAGCAAGAUCAAAAAGCUAGUGAGGUCGGACGCCUGACGUGCCCGCUUUGCACACAACGCAAUUGGCAGCAGAUCGACAACGAUCUUUGGCGCCUCGAGCAAUGGCUACAGUUUGCCGAAGGUACGCAAAAGUCGCAAACCUCACCACCGUCGAAUAUCGAACUGCUCGAGGAUGUGGUGCAAGAUCAUCGCGAAUUUCUGCUCGAUCUCGAGAGUCACAAAUCGAUUGUGAUGAGCCUGAAYGUAGUCGGCGAUCAUUUGGCCACACACACAUUGGACACGGACAAGGCGCGGCAAUUGCGCGAUCGUCUCGAAGCCGAUAAUCAACGCUGGAAUGCAGUUUGUAUGGUUGCUGCCAAAUGGCAGGGCCUCUUACAAACAGCGCUCAUGGGCAAUAGCGAAUUCCAUCAGAUAAUCGAUGAACUGUGCUCGUGGUUGCAGCAAACCGAACAGAAUAUCAAAUCAUCGGAACCGGUGGAUUUGACUGAAGAGCGUAGUGUGUUGGAGGCGAAAUUCCGUAAAUUCAAAGAAUUGCGSGCCGAAUUAGAACGUUGCGAACCGCGUGUUGUGAGCUUACAAGAUGCUGCCGACCAGCUGUUAAAGUCCGUGGACGAGACGAGCGCCGAGUCGUCACACACCUAUGCAAGAACCCUUUCCAGGUUGACCGAUCUACGUUUGCGUUUACAAUCGUUGCGUCGCCUGUCCGGCAUCUACAUUGUGAAGUUGGGCGCGGUGCUCGGCUAUAAUAGUGACAACAUGGGCGUGUCGCUGCAUAUGUUGUCGAAUGAGCUUUUGGAUCAAACUACAUUACCCUCUACAUCUUCUUCCAUGCAGGCAGCCGCACCAUACACUGAUAAUGCAAACGGCACCACCGGCACCGAUGCCGAUGCUGUCGAUGGCGAUGCCAUCAACACCACCGUACUUGCGCGCGGUGCACGCUUCCUCGGGCGGGUUGCACGUGCCUCCCUGCCCAUACAAGCGCUCAUGUUGCUGUUGUUGGGUGUUGCCACACUUGUGCCCCACGGUGAAGACUACACUUGCAUGUUCUCGAACUCGUUUGCGCGCAGCCUAGAGCCGAUGCUCUCAUACCCCAACGGACCGCCACCGACGUAAUAGUGGGUAGUUGUCGCAAACCAAAACAAAAAACACAGAAAAAACAAUUAAAUUAAACGAACAAAAAAUAGUAUAUAAGAAAAACGAAUAUAAAUAAUAUAUACAUAUGUAAGAAAAGUGAGAUUUGUAAAUGUCCUACACAUUGUGUACAAGAUUGUACAGUGUUAAAAAGAAAAAAGUUGCAGUUGGAAUAUUAAGCAAAAGAAAGGGAGUGUUUUGUACGCUUGCGUGAAAUUGCACAAAAAAGAAAAAUAAGAAAAGAAAAAGCAUAAAGCAUAAAGUCGUGUAUAUGCCUUGCUUGUAAUUGUAUGUACAAUAAACUAUAAACAAAUACUGAUUGCUAUAAAUUUGUACAUCACUUAGUGCAACAUAAAGAAUAAUUCAAAUACUUGCCGUACGAAGUUUUCCAGGUAGUUUGUACAUUUUGAUAGGCAUUAGAUAGCGCUUUGGAGUAAUUGACGAAACGAAACCGAAGUUUUGGGGAACAGUAUGUUAAAUAAAAUGACGGCGAAUGAAUAAGGAAUCUAGGGUAAAGAAGUAAGAAAGCAAUAACUGCUGGCAUAACAGUUAUAAUAACGCUUUAUAAUCUUGGUUAUAAAAGCGGUUAUAAUAACAAGUUAAAACAAACAUAACAAAGUGCAACAACUUAUAUGAAAUUUUAGUACAUAAGCAUGACAGAAAAACAGAAAAUUACAACUAAAACUUAAAAAAAAAAAAAAAAAAAAAAAUUACGAAACGCACAUAGAACACGAUAAAUUAUAGUAAAACAAAUUUUUGAUAUUUUCGGUACACGAAAAAGGACUCGCAAAACGACAACAAACAACAACAACAAGCAUGCCGUGUGCUAAGCGAAUUUCGUGGAACAUUUUUGCUUAGCGCAGGGCAUGGCGCAAGCACGGCAAACAAAAUAYAACGACAAUGCCAAAAGACAACAACAAACAAGUAGAGAACCGAAAUCCUUAAGCAAUUACAACAACACUCUCCAAAAUUUAAGUUUUCUCAAAGCCACAUAAAGGAAAUUGCACGAACAACUUUCAAAAUCGAAAAAUUCAAAAUCCAUGACCUACAAAAACUUGUUUGAAAACUGACAAACGCGCACAUUUUUGCAUGACCACAUCUCCCAAAAUACAGCGGUUGUAUCAAAACUGCGCGCAUUUGCCUUUUCACAAAACAACAAGAAAGUCAAUGUAACGCCAUCCUUUAGCGCACACAUGCGCGCAUGCGCACAAAUCUCUCCAAUGUGUGCAUGCUGGUUGGACGCAAAGUUGACAAAAACAAGUACUGAAGUACGAUUAAUUCACAUCGAAAACAUUCCCAAACAGGCAUUACCAUAGUUAGUUUUAGCUAAACGCAACAUUUACUUAUUUUUCCAAAACUUGAUAGUAAUUUUUUAGUAGUUAAAAAUCGAUAAAUGUUGUUGUUGUUGGUAUUUAUGUUAAAAUGUGUGGCGCAGUUGUUGUUGGAAAAUGUAACUAAACGCAAGCAGCAAGUGUCCUCAAUUGGCGCGAAAUCAAAUUUCAAUGAAGUAAGCUCUUUUUGGCUAAAACAAAAAAAGAAAAGAAAAGAAAAGAAAAAACUGCAAAACAAAACGAACGAAGUGAAAUAUUAUUAUUAUUAUUUUUUAAAUGAGAUUAGUAAAGGCAAACAAGCGCGUUGCAAAAUGAGCAACCAAAUGUUAAAAAUAUGAAAUUAUAAAAAAAAAAAAUUGUUAAGCCUAAAACUAGCACACGCACUAGAAGCGCCUCUGCGUGAAUUUUGUUUUGCCAGAAUCCAUCCAUACACACUUACAUUGUUGUGGUGUGUAUUCUAAUAUAUGUAURUUUUGUUUACUUUUUAUUAACGUUGAUAUGAAAUUUACGCUUUAUCUAUGCUUUUCCUAUGUGUACCUAAAACGCAUUAUGCAAACUUAUCGUUAAAAACUAUUUAUUCAUUUCGCUAUGGAUUUACAUAUACAUUUAUACGAUAUUAUUAACAAUUGUUUAAACGCUUAUGGCUUUGUUAAAUUUUCCGUAUUUUUAUACAACUACACUGAAAAAAAAUUAAUGUCAAUUUAUUUAAAAAAAAGUUUAUUUUAAUAAAAAAAGAUUUUUUUUUACUUUAAGUAAACGAUAUGACCAUUACACGACGAAAACUGAAAAACA